AAAAUCUCUACUCGGUACUGGUAUGUGUACAUUACGGCCCUUUUUACCGCACCAACUGAGCACCUCUGCGAGCUGCUCUGUGCCUUGAAACAGGCGUUUUACGCCAGUUAUCUAUUAUGCCCGUGACCUGCGUGGCGCGCGCCUUUUAUGCUGAGUUCGACGACGUCAAGGGCCCGGUGGUCCUCUACGAGGAGCCGCCGGGCUGCCUGACCCGGGACGAGGAGGGCCGGCGCAUCUGGGAGUGCUUCGGCGACUACGUGAUCACGGGCCGGGAGCCGCUCGACGGCGUGGCGGUGCGCGCGCGCGCGGGGCGGGACGCGGUGCUCUGCGUGCCGCAGAUCCUGCGGAGCGAGACGCGCUACGUGCGGAACGCGUUGCUCUUCGGGCUGGGCGUGGCGGUGCCGGGCGCGGACCUCCCGGCGGCCACGGGGGCCUGCCUGCCGGCGCUGCAGCGCCUCUCGCGAUCCCUGAGGGCGCUCGAGGCGGAGGCCCAGGACGCGUCGUGGGCCGCGCGCAAGGAACGAUUGGAGGCGGCGCUGCCGGCCGUCCUCGAGGCGCUGGAGCGCGCCGCGGCCCAGGCGUGCCGGCGGCACGUCCCGCCGGCGCCGCCGACGCCGUGGCCCGCGACGCGCGACCCGAACGUCCUGGCCCUCGCGCGGCCCUGGCUCAGCCGCAGAAACGCCAAGGCCUCGGUCGUGCACGGCGGCCUGGACGAGCGGCGGCCGCCGCCGGCCGUCGAGCCCUACGAGGUGCCCAUUCUGCUCGCGCGGCCGCGCGACCUCCUGCGCCUCUCGUCGCACCGGUACGGGGACGACGCCUGGGACCUCGCGGUCCAGCAGGUCAUCCCGCACGUCGACGGCGUGCGGUCCGCGAAGCAGCUGGCGCGCGCGGCGCGCGUCGACCUGGACGUGGUGCUCCGGUCGCUGCGCGUCCUGCGCCACUACCGCUGCCUCGCCGUCGUCGACACGUUCCAGUACCAGAACGUCUACCGCGCCACGGACCGGCUCUCGCGGCUGGCGGCGUCGCGGCGCGCGCUGGAGGGCUGCGCGCGGUUCUGCUUCCGCGGCGAGGCGCGCAAGAGCCUGCAGGGCCUCGACGCGCUGCGGCUGUACUGCGCCUUCCAGGACGCGCGGAGCGUCAAGGACGUGCUGCUCGAGGCGGCGCGGGCGGCGCCCAAGGUCGUCGCGGCGCUCGACGCUCGCGCCUUCGUCGCGUUCGGCCUCGUGCACGGCCUGCUCGUGCGCGUGCACCGCUUCCCCGUCGCGGUGCGCGCGGCGCAGCCGUCGCGGGCGCGGACGCCGCCGCCGCCCUUCCUGGACCGGCUCGUGUUCCUGUGCGACGGCUCGCGGCGCAUGGACGCCGUCUGCACGGACGUGGACCUGCCCGCGGCGCGCUGCGACGCCGAGCUGCGGGAGCACGGGUACGCGACGAUCGAUGUGUAUAGGUGA